AUGGAAAACAUCGAAAUCAAGAAAGUCCAAGAAUUUAAAUAUCUGGGGUCAACAAUGGACAGAGAUGGAGACAUUCACACGGAAAUCAAGGGCAAGGUAUACAGAACUUGCGUGAGACCAGCCAUGAUGUACGGCCUAGAACUAAUCCCCCUCACGAAAGCUGCUGAAAGCAAAAUGGAGGUAGCAGAGAUGAGAAUGCUGCGUUUCUCGCUGGGGCUGACGAAGUUAAAUAGCGUCCCAAACGCGGAAGUUAGAAAGCAGCUGCAAACUAGAAGAUUUGGGGAUAAGCUAAGAGAAAAUUGGCUGAGGUGGUUCGGGCAUGUAAAAAGGGGACCAGAGGACUACGAGCAGUAA